CUUGCUCAACAGCCGGUAACAAAUCAUUGUGCAGAACAAAACAGUCCAACCCAAUAUGUACCAGGAAGUUUCGUAAGGUGGUAGAGGGCCCGAGGAACUAAAGUCAUGACAGUGGCACGAUUGGUACAACCGCUGCAAUGGUACCGGUUCCACUUACACGGUGCGGCCAAGCUCCACUGCAGUUCGCGUCGCCUGGCAACCGCAAUUCCCUUGUCACCUUGACAUUUCAUCCACGACGGACCAAAACACGCCUUCGAAGAACGACAUCAUGUCCGAGAUGGAUGCUGAAGUCGCCAACGACAUCCUGGCCAGGGUCGCCCUGGAUGGUUCUAUGGACUAUUCGUGCUGGCCCAAGUUGUUGCCCAUCGUAGUCUCGCGCAUCGAGAAGAUCGCCCACACUGAAUUCCCCAUCCCCGACAUUCCUUCGCCCCAACCGCCCGCCCGACCUUCGUCCUCGCGCUUCCUCACCCCGCUCCCCUCCUCGUCCGACCCGAUCGAUACGCCGCUCAGUUCGCAAGAGACCAAGAACAAGGAGAACGAUGCCCCAACGUCAGCGCCACGCCCACCUGCUGGCGACCAUGUUGCUUCCUCGCCGCCCAAAGCGCCCUCGCCAAACCCCAAUGCGACGACCGAGGUGUCCCAGGCACAGCAGCCAGUUCUUCCUGUCCCCGUGGCCGAAAUGUUGAACGGCGUUACAUCCCACCUGACUGCCAACUUCCCCGACUACCCGCCGCAUACCAUUCAGCGCCUCGCCGAGCUGGUCCUCAAGCCGCGCCCUCAGUACAGGAGCGUAGUAGGCUACCUGAAUGCGCUUGACCGCGUUGUCCACGUCACCAGUGGAGCAAACCUAUACCCAUUACCGCCCGCGAUCCCAGACCUGAGCGGUAUGAUGUCCAACGGAGGUCCUGUUUUGGACAAGGGCGCUCCCAGCCUUUCCGCGGCGAACAAUAUCGGAUCUGACGAGGCCCUGGGCGGCGCGCUGCUUACCCCCAUCCCGUGGUUGACUCGAAGAGCAAACGGCGACGGCGGUGACGACGACGGAAGCAUAAGUGACGCAGGCAGCUCGUCACCCUUAUCAGCCAGCGGGGCGUCCGACCCCAACACGCAGCACGAACAGCAGCAGCGAGCUCUCGCGCAGCAGUACAGCCACAUCACCUUCGCCCAGAGCUCCGUGAGUCCACAGGUUCGCAAGGAGAGCACCGAGAUGAUUGAGGGCCCCAACGGCAUGGGAAGCAUAGAGACGGUAUCGAUCUCGGUCAACGGGAUUCCCUCUAUCGGAGCUGGCGGUGGCCUGCUGGGCCUCUCGCAGCAGCCACAGCGGGGCGUCACACAAGGAGAGUUGCUCAGGCAGGAACAGCGCGCGGGCGUUGUGCCCGUUAGUCAGGUUGCUGGCGGGAACAACGACAACAACACUGCCCAGGGCUACACGGCUGCUCAGACUACGCCCCUCAGCGCUGCCGCUCCUGGCGAAGGUCUUUCAGCUACUGCUACUACAGGUUCGUCCGUGGACGAAGACAUUGUGAUGGGUGAGAACUCGGAUCAUGAGGAGGAACCGGAAGAGGAGGUGCCCCAUGCUCGUGGUCCGCAGGAGAUCGGACCAGAGGAUACCGGGCCCCAGAGCGCGAGGAGCAGCAUUGUCUUGUCACAUACGGGUGAAGUGGACAUGAGUGCGCUUGACGUUGAGGCUGCUGUAGGUAGGAGGUUACAGUCACCACCAGCAACAGAAGCUAGUAGGAGUGCGCAAGCAGAUGGCACGACGACGACGGCCACCACCGCUUCAGAGAGCGGCAGCUGCGAUGCAGAUAACUCAGUCCCACCAAGCCCUAAGCGAGAGGCGGAGCACGAUGAUUCGGAGCUCGACAGUACGCACAAGAGACAGCGAACGGAGGAUAAGGCUGGCACAAACACGGCGGAGGCUAGCAGCUCGACGACAGAAGUCACAAAACCCGAUAGUUCCGAAGCGGCAAAAGAGGAGGAGGUGACUGCAGCAGGAGAGGAGGAGCAAGCGGAAGGAGGGGAGCCGUCAAAUCAACAGCAAGCGGAAGCUAGAGAAGAGCAACCAAAGUCUUCCUAGUAUGAGAGAACGUUGACUCUGCUGGGUCCUCUCAACAGAGGAACAUAUCUCUUCCGAAGUCGUAGAAGAUAAUAGUCGACAGUAAUCAGGAAGGGAAGAGGUUGGAUGACACAAGCGACAUGUCUGGUUUACUUGAUUUGAUAGUUUAGCUACCUGUAUCAGCGGCAUAGGACAUUUGAGAUAUGAUAUAUGGACUACCGAACACACACCAACACUCCGAGCCGUUCAGCGUG